UACACUACUACACUAGUUUGAUGAAAUUUCCAAUUGGGGGCCACGGGUGUUUUAAAAGAUUAAUCUCCGUGAUAAGGAGCGGCAAUUUCUGGGUUGCUGAGAAGUGAGAAUGGCAGGGGCUGCAGAAGAACCCGCAAACUGGGAAGAGCUUUACAACAUCAAUUUGAUGCCUUCUGAGUUGUUUCUCAAGUUCAGGAAGGAACUGGAAGGCUUUCGUGUUGGCCUCAAUCUGGAGUUUUAUAAUGCUCCAAGCAAUGAGUACAUGGCAAAACUGGUUUUGAAGCCUUCAUCCCCUGAUCGGCUAUGGAAAUUCAUCUAUGAGCCUUUACAUCAUGAAGUCCGUGUUCUUUCUACAAAGAUCCCUGUGACAAAGUUUUUGAAUCUUCAGGUAGGAGUAGGCCAUAGCUUUCACUCACAUGCAAUUGGCUGGAAAUGGAAGCUCAGUACUUGCUUCGGUGGAGAUGGCAUAUCUAGGAUUCAGAAUAAGACAUCACUUGGCUUGUGUCCAGGUGUUGAUUUCCGUUUUGGGUGGAAAGCGGAUUAUGCUCUUCCAGAAAUGACUGGGGCUUUAGGUACUGAGGAGCCAUUAUUCAACAUGAGUUCUGGACGGUUACAAGCAUCACUUGAUAGAGUUGAGAUGAUUUUUACUCACUAAAGAAUUUUACUAGCAAACAUGAUCGAAGCUCUAAUUUAUGCAGCAAACAUGAUCAAAGCAGUGACUCUCCAUAGCACUUAUAUUUUAGUCUCAAUGACUCCAACGUAUGUGGGAGCCUUUGUGGCAUUGGAGUAAUGAUGAUAAUGAUGGUUUUAGUCUCAAUGACAUUCUUGAUUUAUGGAUGGCAUUAUGCAUGUAUAUGUUCGAUCAUAAGACAACAAUUUCAUAUGAAGUUAGUACAUUAGCUAGCUAGUUAUUGUCUUUUGUUCCAAGAAUAUUUGGAAUGAGAUCAGAUUGAAUGGGUAACUCUUUUCCCAAAUUGGUUGAUUAAAGAACAUUUCUAAAAUUUCAAGUUCAAUGACUCAAUCAUAAGGCAAUAAUUUCA